CGAACCGAUUACCUCCACGAUGUGGGCCGCAAUUGAAUCGUACGAGGAUCGUCAGACACCAACAAAUCCCAUGGUGCUGCCAUCCUCCACGCAAAUCGUUGAAUCCCAGUCGGCUUUACUAUGCGACGACAUAUGCCCCGAAAGUUCGGAUGAACCGAGCGAUGACGAAGACAGUCCUGGCAACGUCGACGACUCUUCCAUCUCAGGUCACCUGCUACUGUCGUCGUCGAAUCCACAGUCAGCCCCCCUCAGCCCACAUCUCUCUGCGUCGGUAUCACCGAUUAAAGCCGCAUCUCUCGAGCGAACUGUCCGCCAAGAACGCGUUCAUGGCGUAGUUGGGACGACUCCAUGUGCGACUGAAACCGAGGAUACACCUGACGUCGAGCUCACCACGCCACCCGCCACUCACAAUCCAGAGCCAUGUCCAUCCACAACGCCGCCUCGUCCAUCGACAACUUCGCCUCGUCUAUCGAAUACCACCGUUGCAUCCAUCCAUGAAGAAGAGUCGCGCCCCGUCGUGGCCAAGGAACCCUUAGAUCUGUCGUUGCUUCCGGUAAGUCUAUCGACGGACGAUGAUGCGCGUGGCGGUGCUGUCAUCAUGCAAGACCCACAUGUCGACUCGAAACGGAACUCCCUUCGUAUGCAAGAAUGUGAGGCGAAUCUCGUGGUUGUGCAGUCCCCACCACGACAGUCGACUCUGAUGGAUCAGACUCAGACUCUGGCGGCGGCGGACCAUACCCCCAUAGUGACACAACCAGAUUCGAAUCAGGUGGUAUUGGCUCAGAAUCAGACGUCGCCGCCGACGCCUCUUUUGCCUCCAAUACGACCACAAGCUGCGUCGAUGAUUCCCAUCGAUUUGGGGGGUCCGGCUCAGACUGAUGAUUCCUCCUCCACUGUUCUGAUUCCACCCACGUCAACCCUGUCGCACAUCCACCACCCUCCCAUCCGUAGCCAAGAACUGGACGCGGUGCAAGUCCUCGCGUCGCUCACAAGCGACUGCCCGUCGUUGGCGUCAUGGCUACGCCUCGAAGGCGAUGUCGAUACCACCAUGUUUGACGACAACUCGUACUACCACUCUCCACCGCCCUCUCCCGUCAGCCACGCUGAGCCCUCAUGUCAUCCGCCCAUUCCACCGGCGCCUCCAUGCCCGUCGGUCAUUCCAAGCCUCAUCGACGCCUGGCCCCGAUCCCUUCGACGGCGAUGCCACGUCAUUCAUCCCACGGCAUCUUCGUCACAGCCGCUGCCGCCAUCCGUCAAACCAGAAUCCAUCGUCCUUUGGAUCCAAGAAACCUGGCGCGUCCAUCACAACUAUGCGCUGGCCGCCGCCGACUGGCUCCACGCGACGCACGACCUCCCGCUCGUCGCGUUUUGCGUGCUGCCGUCGAGCAUGUUUUAUCCGGAAGCCAGUCCCAUGACAACCAAUGACAACGGCAUGCGGGCAUCCGUGGCGUACAUGCGGCGGCAGCUGCAAGCGCGAGGGAUUCCCCUCCACGGCAUCAUACUCACUCAUGACAAGGAUGGUGACGACGUGUCGUCGGCGCUUCUGUCGCUGCGCCCGUGGGCAGUUGUCACUGACGAUGUUGUCGAUGCCUAUGGCGUGCCACCCGUGUUGGAGCUGCCGACCACCACUCUCUUCCUGAUGGACAGCACGUGCUGUGUUCCGUGGCGCACGUUUGUCGGAAACGCUGUCACAUAUUCCAAACACGAGUUUGAACGCGUGUGGCUGGCAGCGUGGGACGCCGUCGACGACGACGACAACCGGAUCCCUUCACCCCAUCGGCGGGAUGGGGCAUUUCCGGCUUCGUGCUGCAGUAGUAACCAUCUACCGUGGUCGAAUCUGGACAAGCCCAGUGCGUUCGAUUUGAGUGAACGAACUGCCUUGUCGCAUAUGCACACGACGUGCGUCCAAGUAGGCACGACGAAGCCAGCGUUGCAGGAAGAACUUCAUGGUCGUGGUGUGACAUCGUGCCUUCCAUUUCUACGCCAUGGAUCGCUCUCCGCCAUGUACCUCUUGACCACUCUAAAGGCCACCUCCAACCAAGUGCUGUAUUCGAGGGCCCUGACGCACUGUGUACUUGCUCGCGAAUAUGCAAAGUAUGUUCUGCUGCGCCAAGUUGAUGCUAGACAUGACGGCAGCACCCUCGCCGCCUCUAACCCUCCAUUCCAUGCAGCAGCGUCGCGUCCGCUAUGGGUGUAUCGAUCCCUCGUCGCUCAAGCUGUGACCCCACGUAGCACCCCCCUUCAAGACCCUGCACCAGCACUUCAUAGCGAGAAAGAAGACCAAGUAGUAGUGUAUCAGCUCCCCUAUCAACUCGAAGCCAGUCGCAGCCCCGACCGUACUUGGAACGACAUCAUGACACACGUACGCCUCACGGGGUACGUCCAUCCCGUGCUUGCAUCGUACUGGGGUCGCCAGCUGUUGGGUCCCUGGAGUCCGUCUCCCGUUGCGGGACUGGGGAUGCUGGAAGGGUUGGUGAUGCGGUACUCUAUCGGCGCCACCGCAGACGUCGUGGUGCAGGUUCUGCUGUCCAUGAUCCACGACGACGCCACGGCGGACCUGUUGGCCGCGCAGACGGACGACCAUCCGUUGUUGGUGCAACUUCGAGCUGCCGUUACCGAUGCACCUCUGUCACAUGAUUAGAGCGAAAGGGCACGUUAAAAAAGUAGUUUAAACACAUUGCGACCGUGAGUGAGAGAUAGUAAACCUGCGCAAUAUUCAACUGCAGAUUAUUCGCA